AUGGCUCACUUCGUUCCCGUUUCGGAGACGCGGCUUCCACCCAGCGCCAGCGAGGAGCGAGCGUACUUCUCAACUUCGGCCGCGAACUGGGACGGCGUGCCCUCGCGUACGUACCAUCACCGACACAAUGAGUGGCCUCUGCAAAGCCAUACAAUUCCAUGGGACACCCGCCUCCAGAACGACUCGAGGGCAAGACAAAUUCCUGCGCUUUCGAGGGACUACUUAUCUAGCUCGCAGACAUCAUAUUAUGAGACGGCCUCGAGCGUGCAGGAUACUGGUUCCAUACAUCAGCCAACACCGUCGCCGCCGAUGGCAUCGAAGGACUGGAUUCGCCACGACAAGUCUCCGGAAGCAUCCAGCGAAGACGUCGAUCCUCCUGCCUCGUCGCCGGUGAAGGAAGAGGCGGAUGGGGGUGCCGACCCGUUCAUCAUGGAACUCGACUGCAUUGGUGAAGCUUCAGGAAUGGAUGCGACACCCACAACAUGCCCCGCUUCCUUCACCCCGGAGGAUUUCUCUCAAGUCACUAUCGUCCCCACUCGAGGCAACUUUCCGAAAGAAAUGAAGAAACUCAUGAUCACCUUGCGAAUAAAUUCGUUCGCCAUCCACAACGGUGUCGACCGCGGCGUCAUCCCGCCGUGGAUGCCGGAUCCGGGACCUCUUGAAGAAGAGCCUCGUGUCUUCCAGUUUCAAAUCGACACUGGGUCGGGGGGUGACGAGGAGGAGCAUAACACUUUGGAGAUGCCAGACGACCCGGAGUUGAGAGCGUUUUCCCCCGAUUUUGAGAUUGAAGAGGAUGAGGAGGCGGGCCGUUGGGCUUCCGAUGUGGUCACCUCGAGUGCGACACCGAACCCCCCCGUACCUUCAUCCCCCACUUCGUCCUGGGGCACGAAUCGCUCUCAAUACGACCGCAGAAGUUCUUCUUCUGCUUCCUCACUCGCAAUUCCAACACAGCAUGUCGCGCAACCGCAACCUCCUAUUCUCCAGACCCCGUAUCAUGUAUACUCUCCGCGCGUAGUUGCGCCUAGCUACACUCCGCAGAACGAUGCCCCGUACAACCACCACUUCAACUCGACGAGGACACGUUCGCCGUAUCCACAUCAAUCCCAAUCCCAAUUACACUCCCACUCCCACCCCCAACCCCAAUACCCGCAUAUCACACCAACCUUCGGACCUUACAUCCACGCUAAUGAACCAUACAUACGUCAGACCAGGAUGCCAUCGUCCGCGGCUAUUCAACCUCCCCAGUGGACGCACGGAUUCUCCCCGAAUCCACCAAGAUUCGGUGGGCAUGCAUCGUUCCCCAAUACAAAUACACAUUACAAUAUAGGUAUGAUGUCUUAA